AUGCGCGUUCGUCUUUGGUGGCAGUUACACGGUAUAGACGUCCGAGUUCGCGCCGCAGGCAGGAGGGUUCUGCCAUCUGAAGGCGAAUUUGGCGACGCCCGCCUCCCACUCAACAUCAACGACGCCGAUCUACAUCCCGAAAUGACCGAGCUUCCCGUCGAGCACACCAGACCUACCGAGAUGCUUUGCGUCUUGAUAAAGUUGGAAGUGUUCAGCUGGGUUCGUUCAUCCGCCACGACAUCCAAAAUUUAUGACCUAUUAUCCCGUCCAGAAAAGGGAAAGAAGCAGACGGAGCUGGAAGACAAGGCCAUAAAUGAACUUGAGGCCAGAUAUCAUGACAAGUUCCUUCGUCAUCUCGACAGAAAUGUCCCUCUUCACGCACUGGCGUACGCGAUGGCGACGCUUGCAAUCGCUCGCAUGCGCUGCAAGGCCCACAGCCCGCGGGGGCAAGCGGCCAGCGGCGGAGAGGUGCUCAUGUCACGAGAAGAGAGCGACUUGCUCUUUGAGUCGAUCAUAACAUGGUUGGAAAUGAUGAACAUAGCUAUGUGCAGCCAAUUUUCGUCGCAUCUCAUCGCCCAUAAGACGACCAAGUACACCGUGGACGCCUAUAUCUAUGUGAUCAGCGACCUUCGGCGACGGUGUUCUGGGGAGCGGGUGGUACUGGCCUGGGAACUGGUCGAGAAGCUGUACAAGGAGCAUCCGGAGCUGAUUGAAGAUGGACAGAACCCCUUCUUCGCCGCCUUAGGUGACUUGACUCUGGAAGCCUGGGAAGCUCGUAGGAAGGCGUUGGUGGACUCUCAAGAGACUCGUGUGGCCGGCGCCUGGCCCGGAUUCAUUCAUCUGCUAUGGGACCAAAGAAGAAACAAAACUGCCCAGGCAUCUCAACUUCUAAUUCCAGAGUUCCAGAGCCUUGACACGAUUGGUUUGACGGACAAUGGAGACCUGGACUGGGAAUAUUGGAAUGACUUUUUGCGACUGUAG